CAGUGGCGCCGGCGGCAGAUAUCAACUGCCGCGGCCGAGAAAUAUCCACACAGCUAAUCUCCACACGCCCCGCCACUUCGUCGCUCGCAGUCGCAGCUCGCUUACCCACCGCGACCCGCCGCCUGGUCCCGAACCAUGAUCACCGCCGCCGCAGGCGCGGCAACGGCCACCACCUUCCCGUUCGUCUCGUCCUUCCACCGCCCGCGCCUCCGUCUCUGCCCGCGCCGCGCCGCCGCCAUCCUCCCGCCCCGCGCCACCGGCUCGUCGUCGUCCUGGGAGGAGCGCGAGGAGGCGCGGUGGCUCCGCGAGGAGCAGCGAUGGCAGCGGGAGGAGCAGCGGUGGCUGCGCGAGGAGUCGCGCUGGCGCGCCGAGCGCGAGGCCCUGCUCGCCGAGGUCGCGGCGCUGCGGCUCCGCCUCCGCGCGCUCGAGGGGACUCACCCCCACCUCGCGGCCGCCGUAGACGCCGUGGCCUCGCCCGCGCCCCCGGCCGCGGUGCCCGCGCCGCAGCCCAGGCCGGCGCUCGUGGAGGAGGUCGAAGUCGUCGAGGUGAGGAAGGAGGUGGUGGUGGUCGAGGAGGAGAAGAAGGCGGCGGCCAAGGCCGAGUCAGCAGGGAGCGGCGCCGGCGCCGGCAAGAGCAGGAGGACGCUGAGGGCGGGGGCCGAGGGCGAGGACGUGCGCGCGAUGCAGGAAGCUCUGCAGAAGCUGGGUUUUUACUCGGGCGAGGAAGACAUGGAGUACUCCAGCUUCUCAUCUGGCACCGACCGAGCUGUCAAGACGUGGCAGGCAACGGUAGGGAGUUCAGAGGACGGAGUGAUGACGUCGGAGCUACUUGAGAGGCUAUUCUCAGGCAAGACUGGGGAGGAUGGGACGACUAAAGAUGGCACAAACGGAGCAGCUGUUCCUGCUGUAACAGGAAUCGCGGAGGUUCGACAGACUGUGGUUGCAGAAAAUGGUGUUUCAGGGGUAGGGGUUUCGGAACACAGAGUAUUUCUUCUCGGUGAAAACAGGUGGGAAGACCCAUCCAGGCUGACAUCGAAUAAGAAACCAGUCAGCACCGGUACUGCUGCAUCAACUAAGACAUGCAUCUCCUGUAGAGGCGAAGGCCGCCUCAUGUGCUUAGAAUGUGAUGGAACAGGAGAGCCGAACAUUGAACCACAGUUUUUGGAGUGGGUUGGUGAAGAUACAAAGUGCCCAUACUGUGAAGGCCUCGGUUCCAUCUUAUGCGAUGUUUGUGAUGGGAAGAAAGUAGUGGCAAGUUAAGCAAGACAUAUAACAACAUUCUGCCUUGUUUGUGAACAACAUAGUCGUGCAUGUAGAUACUACCAAACUAUUCACUUUUAUCAUCGUGAUUGAAUAACGCAUUCACAUGGCCAGUUUGAGUGCCUGUCAUCCUACAGAAAGCAGGAUCAUAGCAAGGUUGCGAAAUACUCCAUACUGUUUCUUGUACAAUAGAAGGAAACAUAUUAACAAAGAAGGAAAUUAUUUUCUCAAA